AACUUUCACUUUAGCUUCAGUCCUCAGGUUGAUCUCUCUGAUCCGCAGCAGAAGUUUCAGCUGGACAGUUGGUGACACAGAGCAGCAACACUGACACAACUGAAUGAGUCUGAUGUUUCCAGCAGAGUGACAUCAUGGCGACUGCAGCAUCUGCAUCUGGACUCAGGAUUGUGCUCUUGGGAAAAAGUGAGGACAAACAGACAAAACUUGGGAAUUACAUCAUUGGGAACCAAACUUUCCAUUACCAAAAACUGUCCCCUAUUGCACGAUGUGUGAUGGCCAAUGGAGAGUGGAGAGUAAAACCAUUAAUAGUGGUGAAAACUCCCAACAUCUUCAGUCUGUCUGUGGAGAACGUGAGAAGAGAGAUGAAGAACUGUGUGACUCUGUGUCCUCCUGGACCAAAUGUUCUUCUGCUGUUAGUGAAACCUUCUGAUUUCACUGAGGAGAACAGACAAACGCUGAAGUUCAUCCUGAGUUUGUUUGGUCAAGAUGCUUUAAAACACUCAAUGGUCAUCAUGACACAUGAAGAUGAUAAAAGUAACAUUGUAAAUCAGCUUUUCACAGACUGUGGAGGAAGACAGUACAACAUGGUUGAAGACAACCACACAUUUUUAAUGGAGAAGAUUGAGAACAUUGUGCAUGAAAACAAAGGAACCUUCCUCACCUUCACUGAAGAGACCAUAAGACCAAAGUCUGAACUCAUCAAACCAGCUUUAAACCUGGUUCUGUGUGGGAGGAGAGGAGCAGGGAAGACUUCAGCAGCCAAGGCCAUUUUAGGUCAGACAGAGUUUAAUUUAGUCUCCAACUCAUCAGAGUGUGUUAAACAUCAGGGAGAGGUGUGUGGACGUUGGGUUUCCCUGGUGGAGCUUCCUGCCUUAUAUGGAAGACCUCAGAAGGCAGUGAUGGAGGAAUCAUUCAGGAAUAUCUCCCUCUGUGAUCCGGAGGGCGUCCAUGCCUUCAUCCUGGUCCUACCUGUAGGUCCCCUCACUGAUGAAGACAAGAGAGAGUUAGGGACCAUCCAGAACACAUUCAGCUCUCGAGUCAAUGACAUCACCAUCAUUCUGUUCCCUGUGGACUCAGAUCCUACAGCUCCAGCUGUUGUUAACUUUGUGAAAGAAAACAGAGACAUCCAGGAGCUCCGUCAGAGCUGUGGAGGAAGAUAUGUUGUUCUCAACAUCAAGGACAAGCAGCAGAUCCCAGAACUGUUGGACAUGGUGGAACAAAAUACUAAAAAUAAACCACACUGCUACACAACUGAAACAUUUGCAUUUGCCCAAAUGGAUAAAGUCAUACAACUUGAGAGGCUGAUAAAGAAGAACAAGAUCACUGGUGAUGAUGAAGAAUGGAGUCCAGAGUGUCUCAGGAUUGUGCUGAUAGGGAAGACUGGCUGUGGAAAGAGCUCUUCAGGAAACACCAUUCUAGGAAGUAAAGAGUUUGAAGCCAAAUCAGCCCAAACAUCAGUCACUAAACACUGUCAGAAAGAACAGAGUGAAGUCGAUGGUCGUCAGGUGGUUGUGGUCGACACUCCUGGUCUGUUUGACACAGCUUUGUCUCAUGAAGAGGUUCAUGAGGAGAUGGUGAAAUGCAUCAGUCGUCUGGCUCCAGGACCACAUGUCUUCCUGUUGGUGUUACACAUUGGCAGAUUUACACCAGAGGAGAAGGAGACAUUAAAACUCAUCAAGGAAAGCUUCGGGAAGAAUUCUGAGAAGUUUACCAUCAUUCUUUUAACUGGAGGAGAUUCACUGGAACAUGAGGAGCUAUCGAUCGAUGAGUACAUUGAAGAGAGAUGUGAUGAUUCCUUUAAGAAGCUGAUCUCUGACUGUGGAGGAAGAUACCAUGUGUUUAAUAACCGAGAUAAACACAACCGCACACAGGUCAGUGAGCUGAUAACCAAGAUUGACACCAUGGUGAAGAAAAAUGGAGGCAGCUGCUACACUAACGAGCUGCUGCAAGAGGCAGAAGCUUCAAUAAAGAAAGAAAUGGAGAGAAUCCUGAAGGAGAAGGAAGAAGAGAUGGAGAGAGAGAGGGAGGAGCUUCAAAGAAAACAUGAGGAAGAAAUGGAAGAAAUGAAAAGACGAAUGGAAGAACAGAGAGCAGAAACUGAAAAGGAGAGAAAACUGAGAGAAAAACAACUUAAAGAAAAGGAGGAAAACAUCAAAAAAGAACGUGAGGAGAGAAAGAAAGAACAGGAAAUGAGAGAAGAAGAAGACAGGAAGAGAAAACAACAGGAAGAAAUUCAACGACAGGAGUGGAAACAGAAAGUUGAAGAUUUGGAGGAAAAAAUAAAAUCAGAGUCAGAAUCAAAGGAAACCAUUGAUAGAAAGCUGGAGGAGAGCAGAGAAGAGAUGAGAAAAGAACGAGAGAACUGGGAGAAACAACAAAAAGAAUGGUGGGAAAAACAAAAUCAAGAAAAUGAAAAGAAAAAACAGGAGGAACAAACAAAACUUAGAAAACUUCAAGAAGACUAUGAACAGGAAAGAGAAAAAUAUGAAAAGAAAAGAAAAAAAGAGGAUCGAAUCAGAAGAGAACAAGAGGAAAAAGAAAAAGAAGAACAGAGAGCAGAAAUUGAAAAGGAGAGAAAAAUGAUCGAAAAACAACUUAAAGAAAAGGAGGAAAACAUCAAAAAAGAACGUGAGGAGAGAAAGAAAGAACAGGAAAUGAGAGAAGAAGAAGACAGGAAGAGAAAACAACAGGAAGAAAUUCAACGACAGGAGUGGAAACAGAAAGUUGAAGAUUUGGAGGAAAAAAUAAAAUCAGAGUCAGAAUCAAAGGAAACCAUUGAUAGAAAGCUGGAGGAGAGCAGAGAAGAGAUGAGAAAAGAACGAGAGAACUGGGAGAAACAACAAAAACAAUGGUGGGAAAAACAAAAUCAGGAAAAUGAACAGAGACAACAGGAGGAAGAAACGAAACUGAAAAAGCUUCAAGAAGAAUACGAACAGGAAAGAGAAAAUCAUGAAAAGAAAAGAGAAGAAGAGGAUCGAAUCAGAAGAGAAAAAGAGGAAAAAGAGAAAAAAGACAUUGAGGAGAACUAUAAGAAAAAACUGGAGAAUCUGAAGAAGACACAUGAAGAAGAAGCCAGAGAGAAAGCUGAAGAGUUCAAUGAAUUCAAAGAGAAAUACAAAAAGGAAUCUGCAGCUCUGAAGGAAGAACAUGAGAAACAAAUGAAAGACAAAGAUCAACAAUAUAAUAUCUUAGAGGCUCUUAAAGUCCACAAUGAAGAACAGAUGAAGAAGAAACAUCAAGAGGAAAUGUGUGAAAUAGUGAAAUGUGUGACCAAAAAGAAAGAAAACAUGAAAAAAAUUAAAGACUUACUGAAGAAACAUGAAAAAGAAAUGAAAAAGGAAGAAAAUGAAGAGGAACAGAAAAAGCUACAACAAGAACAUGAAAAUCAAAUAAAUGACUUGAUACAGGAACUGAUCAAUCAAGGCAACGCAUCAAGCUGUCACAUUUUAUGAGGAGAUUUGUUUGAAGCAGGGAGAGAGGCUAACCAGGACUCAUAUGAUCUUGUCUUCUUGUUUCAGCUCAAAGCCGAGCAGCCGUGUUCUUUGUAGCUUUACCUUGAAUACAGAGAAUUAGUCUCGAUCAGGCAAAGAGAUCCUCAGUGAUCCACAGUGUCAGAUACAGCACUUAAAUCCAGGAAUUGAUAUAUUCACAAAAUAAUUGAACUGUAAACGGUUCUCUCUAAAUCUUUAGAUAAAAAUUGCCAUUUAGAAAUGAUUCUACAAUGUUUUAAUUUGGUAGGGUCAAGGUUUGAUUUUUUUAAGAAGCUGUUGCACGAUGGCGAGCUAUUUACAAUUGAUAAAAUUGUUGGACCAACACUUUUGAAAACCUCCUUUAGAAAUCAUCACGUCUAAAGGACUCGAUGUAGGCUUUCAUUUUUCCAAUGUGUUCUUUAAUGUGCAGAGUGUGAGAGGUUGGAAGUUGCUGAAAGAGGCAGAAGGAUUGCAGUGUGCAGAGAGAGGGUCACCUGUUGCAUGACCAAUCGGGAGCUUUAUUUUCUUUAAUGAUGAAGGACAAAUACUGCUCACAGAUCACUGGGGUGGCUUCAGUUAGUUGAUCAGGGGGGGUUAAUUACAGCUUCAAUGGUUUUUAAAGUUACGCUGGUUUGUUGUAAUGAAUUGAAAGGACCUGGUGUCUCAUACUGCUUUAUGAUAUGUUGACAUAAGUUCUUUACAUGGUUCGAUGUUAAACCACUAGACGGUCAUUUUUCCAUUUCUACUUCGCCUGUCUGCAUUUCUUCUUUAUUUCUCUCAUAUUAUUAUCUAUCCUAGACUGUGGUUUGAUUUAACUUUACUGUUGGAGUUGGUUAGAAAUUAUUCUGUAGACAUAUUUGUUUUUUGGUUAUUGCUAUGUGUAGAUGCAGUGGUGAAGGUCUAACUAAUACAAACAGGCAUCAAAAGUAAUUCUUUCUUAGUAGUACUUUUAGAGACUGCCUGUGCCUGGAACAUAACAGACAUCAAUCUGUGACUGUAAUGCCAGACAAACAGGAAGGUUGUGGUUUGUGUUAUUGCAUUCAGAGAGGAUGUUUUCAGUCUCAGCAGCUUGUCGAUCGCAGUGAGAACACAGCCUGUCUUCUGUUGGCAGCCAUGUUAGUCUGAGUCUUCCUGUUUCAGUGUUCAGGCUGUGCUCACUGAGUCUGUACAUUGUUCAUGUUUUCAGCUUUUAUCAGCUGUAGUGCUCAGAUACAGGGACAGUGUGGAGUCUUGUUUUAUACUGGCAUUUUGUAUGAUUUAUUUUUCAUGUGUGGUUUCCCUUACUGAACAUGGUUUGUCAUAUGACUUUGACUGUCAACACAAAUGUGACUACUUGCUAACAGAUAUAAGAAACAACCCAAAUGCAACCAUUUUGUAUUUGCCCUGAUGAAGAUUGAAGUUUUCUUAACUGUUACUCUGAGUAAAUAGUCAUGAUAUAUUAAAGGCCUUUUAAAUCACUA